AUGGAGUCCGUGGUGAGGGUGAAGAAGUCUCUGAGGACGCCCAUCAGGAAGCUGAGCAGCUGCGUUUCAGGGGUGAAGGACAGGAGGCUGACCGCCAAGCGCCGGAGCAGCCGGUGCCGGAGAGGCGCUGGAGGCCGAGCGGGAUGCAGCCGGACGAGGAGGGCCCCUCCCCCCAGAGCCCAGCACCCCAGAGACCCGCCGGUGCUCCGGUCGUACCGGGCCGACCUGGAGAAGGAGAGGCAACUUCGGGAAGCGACAAACGCUCAGAAAAACGCAGAACGAGCUGCCAUGAGAGCUCACUUCAGGAGAAAAUACCAGCUGUCUGAGAACCAGAAGGACUCGGGCCACCUGCGGUCCGUGGGAGGGAAGGUGUCGCUGCCCCGCGACCUCUCCAAGAUGAUCCAUCCCGACAGCAGAGCCAAAGACGACGGCUUCGACCUGCUCGGCGCCUUCCGAGGCCUCGGCUUGGGCUCGGCGCUGCUCAACGGGAAGAAGCCCAGCAGGACGCCGACGCCUGCUGCGGCCGGACGCUCCUGUAAGGUCAUGUGA